GAGAAAGGCUGCAGAGACAAGUGGCAACAUUCUCAACCCAUCGUUUUCCUACAAAUUAGGAAAGUAAGUGAUGGAGUUAUAUGAUGCAUUAUAGAAGACAAUGAAACGAGAAGGAAACUAUGUUUGCAGGGUAAACACAUGAAAAUUUGAUUGGGGAAGAAGGGUUAGAGGGAGGAGGUGGAUGUGAGACAAUCGGUGCAUUGUAUUAGUGUCUCUUUGCACCUUUUGCUUCACAAAACAUCCUCCCCAAAUUUCCAUUUUGGAGACUUGCAGGUUUACACUUCGCCGAGAAAUUUUUUUGGUAUUCCAGUUUCCUACUCACAUCCAAAUCUAAGUUUUUGAAUCGUUUGACGGAACAUGCAGAAAAUAGGAACAUCAAAUGCCAGGGCUUCUCACGGAAUCUACAACCAUGGGAUUUGGUGGUCAUGACUCUCAUGUAUCACAGGUACGCAAUGAUCAGAAGAAGGAGAUUUCAAGUGUAAUGAAGAGCAACAAGUCAAAUGGAUGGGCAAACAACAUUUUGUUGAUGGCAGAGCUUAGGAAGCAGAUACUUAUCUUUAGAGGACUCGUUGAUCUCCCUCCAUGCAAUGGUUAUGUUCCCAUUAAUGAGUUGCUAACGGAGUUGAUCAUAAAUCUCCAUGCUUUGUACCCGGAACUUGUGGUCUGCAAUGUGGCUGCCAAAACAAUAGAAAGUCCCAUGAAUCAGGUACUAAUUCAACUUUAUAAUGCAUUGAAUUCUAUUGGAGACUCAUGGCACAAAAGUGUUGUGAAGAUGAAGUAUGGAAAAGAACCGAGGGAGAGCAUGGAGAAUGUGACAUUGGAGCAACUCAGUCAAAAAGUGCUUGGAAAGAUCAAUGAACUGAUUGUCAUUAGAAGGGAAAUGUUGGAGAAGAAAAAUGAGAACGCGAAUGAUGAGAGCUUGGUAGAAACCUCAACUCCGGUGGUUAUUCCAUCCGAAUCCAAUUCAAGAAAGAGAGAAAUCAAUCCUUUGAAUAGUCCAAAAGUAGUGGAAUAUUUUCUUUCUUCUCACUUAGAAAAUCCUCCCUCUCUUUUUAGAACUGAGGCAACAAAGAGACUGAAGCCACUAGAAAUGAAGUACCUCCCAUCUAGCUUGGUAUCUCCUCUAUUUACUCAAGAUCUCAACUCUAAUAUUAAGGGAAAAGAGAGUCCAGAAUUUGAUGGCAUGAAGACGAAAAGUGUUUCUUUAGGGUUACGAGCUGAAAUUAAUUCCAGAGAGUCAAAAGAAAGCCAAGAAGAUGUGAACUCAAGAGUCUCAGGUUCUGAGUCCGUGUUGCAUGACUAUGAGGUCAGGGAAGCUUCACCGGAAACAAAUACUCCAAAGGGGCUUUCAAAUGUAGUUUUAGCUAUCCAAUCUCCAACACUGUAUCUACCCUCAAAUGAAGAUGUAGCUCCACCAACGUUACCGCUAGUUCCACCUCCAAAUUCUAAACCAUCAAAUGGAACUACUCUGCCUGAACUGAAGUCACCUUCUUGUGAAGAUGGUCACAUAUAUGGGGAAGAAACAUCAGGUUCUGAGUCAAAUAUGACAUGUGAAGGAAAAGAGACAUCAACAUCACCAAUAGUAUCUCCUCUACCUAUGUUACAAAACCCUGAAUGUGUAUUGUCAUCUUCAAGUGGUACUCCAACUUCAUCUCCACUAAGCACCCCUUCAAGCAAGAUUGGCAACAAUUCCAAAGAAAGUACAAAUGGUUCUAAUUCAAGCCUAAAAUGUGAUGUUUCACAUGUAUAUCCACCAACAAUACACAAAAGACCGCCUCCACCCCCUCCACCAUUGCCCCCGAGAAUUUUGUCUUCAAUAGAAGCUACAUCUCCACCUCUGCCAAUUCUUGCACCACCAACAAAGGGAUCCAUGGCUCCACCUCCUCCACCAUUGCCCCCAAGAAAUUUCUCUCCAAUGGAAGUUAUAUCUCCAACUCUGCCAAUUCUUGCACCACCAUCAAAGGGAUCCAUCCCUCCAUCCCCUCCACCAUUGUCUCCAAGGAAAGUUACAUCUCCACCUCCGCCAAUUCCCGAAGCACCAAAAAAGGGACUCAUGCCUCCACCCCCUCCUCCACUAGGGAUGGGAAAACUCCUACGUCCAAAGAAUAACACAAGAUUAAAGAGAUCGAUCCUCAUGGUUUAUGUGUAUCAAGUUCUCAAGAAAAAGGAAGAAGGGCAUGUUGGUCCAAAGAGUAAUAAAACAGUACAAGGGAAAAGAUCUAAAAUAGGAAGUAAUACAGGGGCUAAACAAGGAAUGGCUGAUGCAAUACAAGAGAUUACUAAAAAAUCAACAUACUAUCAACAAAUUGAGGCAGAUGCCAAGAAGUACGCACCAUUGGUGAUGGAGAUCAAGGCUGCCAUUAGUGCGUUCGAGACAAAGAACAUGGAAGAACUUGUCAAAUUCCUCAGUUAUGUUGAAAAAAAUCUCGAAAAAUUAUCAGAUGAAACCCAGGUAUUGGCAAGGUUUGAAGAAUUUCCAGUAAAGAAGCUGGAAGCAUUAAGAGGAGCAGGGGCACUAUAUUUGAAAUUGAAAGCAAUGACUAAAAACCUAAAGAAUUGGAAAAUAGCACCUCCUAUAGGUCAUCUCCUAGACAAAAUUGAAUCAUAUUUUAACAAGAUCAAGCGUGAGAUAGAGAUGUUGGAGCUAAACAAAGAUGAAGAAUCCAAGAGAUUUAAGAGCAACAACAUCCACUUUGACUUCAAUGUUAUAGUACAAGUUAAGGAAUCGAUGGUGGAUGUUUCUUCCGGCUGCAUGGAGCUAGCACUCAAGGAAUGGAGGGAGGCAAAGAUAUCAAAGGACUCAAAUGGCAGUGGAAUGAAAUUAAAAGGCCAUGCAACAACAUCUGGACGGGUUCUAUGGAGAACUUUCCAAUUUGCAUAUCGGGUUUAUAGUUUUGCUGGAGGACAGGAUGAUCGUGCAGACUUGUUGGCUAGAGAAUUAGCUAAUGCAAUGGAGAUUGAUCCUUCACCCAAGUAAAAUUUACAUGUCUUUAUUCUUGUUGGCAUAAUGAGGUAGCCAUGUACAAGCAUGCCUAGUGUAAUACAAUUGGUAGACUUACGGUCCCUUUUGUAUCAGUUGAUAAAGCUAUCAGAAAAGAUAUGAGAAAAAAUGUGUCGAUAUAUAUUAUGUAAAAUGUUAAAUAGCAGCAAAUUUUGGUGGAAACUAGGUGGUUAUGGAGUUUCAUCUUCCUUCUCAGUCAUAAUUUUAUGUGAAUUGAAGCUAAGAUGAUUCAAUGCAUCUUUCUAAUCAUGUUAUUUCCUGUGAGAACAUAAUGACACUAUCAGUUAUAUACCAUUAUGAGAGCAAUAUUAAGUUACUCUCUCUAUAUUUUGUAGACCAAAUCAUUCAUAUCCGUAUAUUUAAGCUAAUACUUCAUUUGGAAGAUUUUCUUUCAUUGUUGCUAACCUACAAGUGUUAGUAAUCGAUCAAGCACAUUCCGGAUUAGAGGAAGCUCUCCAUCUAACUUCAUAAAUCCAUACAACUAUAAGCCAUGCUAAGGUAGGUCACAUGCAUCCCUUGCACUGCAAUAUAAUCGAGUACAUGAAAUGCAUUGCAUUACUGGGGAGAGAGAAUUUACAAAGACGAUGUUUUUUCAGUUUAGAUCCUUUGUGAGUGAACAACCUACAAUGAACGAUUCUAUGAUGGCAAUAGAAACUUUAUGUAUCAUACAAUUUUUUUUUAGAUUUCUAGUUUCUAUUGGUUGAUGACAAUCUUCCAAAUUUCAAUACAACGGGAGUAAAAUAGAAGUGGCGAAGAGUGUGUGCAAGAGAGAGAGAGAGAGAGAGAGAGAGAGAGAGAGAGAGACAGAGACAGAGACAGAGACAGAGAGAUCUGACAUGUUAUCUGGGGCUGAAUGAGGAGAUCUUUGGAGACAUAAUGAAAAUCAUUGAUAGGAUAUUAAUAGUUGAACUUCCUCCUACUGGUGUCCUUCGACGCUCCCGCUCUGGCUACCGUCGUUUCUUCUCAAACCCAACUCCUUUUGAAACAAAUUCUCUCCUUUGAAAACCUCUUGGCGGGAGCCAAGAAGGAGAAAAAGGAACUGAAAUAAGGUUCAUCAGAGGCUAUUUGUAAUAUUGGAAUUCAGAUUCAAAUCGAGAAAAGUUCCACAUCCACAAGAGAAAGGAAACGAGCAUAGAAAGUUUAUGCACAUUACCUUACUCAUUUACGUUUUUAGCACACAUGUCAAAUAUGCAUCAAACGGAAACCAACGGAUCAAUGAAACACAACACUUCUAUAAAUCUUGAUUAGAGGUUUGCAUCAAAUUGUUUCGAACCAAAUAUUAGAAAAAGUCAAGAAUAAGGAGAUCUGAUCCACCAAGUUCAAGUUUAUGCACCUAACCUUACCCGCGUAUGAUUCAAUCGAACUAAAACGUUUCUCAAAGGAUUUUCAAACGUUUGGACCUCCGAACUUCACAUUGCUGAUAAAAAUGAAAUCCAACUUUCACUUCACAUCCAUGAGAAGAAACACCUGGUAUGCCACUUUAUCCAACCCACCCAAAGAACACAAAGUCUAGGAUCACGUACACACAAGUAAACAAAUCAUCUAUAUAUUCACUCGUACUCUCGUAGUUGUGAGGAAUAAAUCAUUACAUAACCUUCAUGCCAUGUCAUGCACACCACAAGAAACAAAUGCAUAAACCCAUUGAAUACAACUACUUAUUAUACUUAUGACAAGAGUUAGUGAGUUGCCCUAAUUGCUUUGGGUAUUUGCAUGCCAAUGUGACCUUUUACUAUGAGUUUCUCGCCACCAUGACAAAAAACUAGCGAGGGGAAAAAAUGAUGAGUGUUUGAUUAUCUGCUUCAUUGACAACCAACUAACUAAAAGGAUGCUUCUUCCCCUUUCCUUUUCCCCCUUUUUUUUUAAUUGAAAGUAGUGGAAUAGAAAGGAACGAGACUCGUGGCAAAGGGAAUGUCCCAACAAGCCGUAUGAGGAGGAUGCGAAAGGAAAUUGAGGAAGCAAGAAGGAAAAAAGCCUAUGUUUUCUUCUUAUGUCAUACUCAUAUUUAAGCGGAAAAGGGUGGUCCCUUUGCGCGGGAUGUUUGUGGACUUGAUGUUGUUGUUGAAUUCUAGACACAGUGACUAAACCGCUAAGGUUUUAAACAAUAUACUACAUUGAAAAAUAUGGUCAGGCUGACAUACGCUUGACGUCAUUAACAAUUUCGCCUUUCACAUUUAAAUUUUAAUAAAUUGGUUGCCUAUCUUUUCAUUUAUUAUGCUUUGUAUUUGUUUAAAAGUGUAUUUGUGUGUAACUCAAGUGCAAUGACUAUGAACUUGAAAUGAUUAAAUUGAAAUGUUUGCAUUUAAAAAUUCAUUUGAAAUCCAAUAUUAAAUAUUCAUUUCGUCUUUUUAGAAUUUUCAAAUUCUAUGAUUCUUUUUUGGAUUUUUGAAAAUCAUUUGGCCGAACAAUAACAAGUUUUAGUGCCUAAAUUUUUGUGCAUUAUAGUUCAAUCUAAAAUUUAAUAAAUUUUAGACAUAAGUCCAAUUGUUUUAUGAAAAUUGUUAUAUUUUAGUCCGCGUAUAUAUUUUUCAUACAUUAUAGUACCUAAAUUUGUAGAACUUUACCAUAUAUUCUAGUAAUAUGCUAGAUAUGUGUUACUAGCAAUACGCUAGAUAUCUACUUGAGAUUCACCCAAAUAUCACUAUCAAAUACAAUAUCUACUUAAAAUUAGAACAAAAGUAUUUUUAAUUUCAAAUCUCAAAUGCAAAUUCAUAGAUCCGAACUCCCCCUAAUAAACAAACCUGAUUUUGUACAUACAACCUAAAUUCGCAUAUUGGUAUGACGAAAAAUAACAUUCAUAUAUCGGGAUGACCAAAUAUGAUCAAAUUGACAUUCUUACCAAUAAACAACCACAAAAUCACUUACAUCUCAUCUGGCAAAUUAGAUACAUCAAUUUACCAAUCUCAACUAUUAACACAAAGAAAUUAAUAACAAUUAGAAUUAUCAUUUUUUUUUCUUACAAAUGUAUAUGUUAUCUGAGCAUUCUUCUAUUUUUAAUUUUAUUGACUGAGCUAUUACUAAUAACACCACUUUGUGCUCUAAUUCUUAAAAAAAAACAUAUUUGUGUACUGAUGAUGGUUAACGAUAAUGUUGGAGCUUUUGAUAGGCCGAAAAUCCUAUGACCGGUAAAUAGGAAGAUGUUUCAAGCAUAUACAUCAUACUACAUACCCAAUGGUUUCUUCAUAGAAAUUAAUCUCAUCAAUUCUUUUUCCUCAGCUCCUUGACAUCGAUGCAUUAUGUAGCAUGGUUGAUCCUUUUCUCGUAAUGAACAAAAACCCUGCUAAGUCACGCUCCAACUUUGCCGAUAUGAUUUCUCCAUUUGUCCGGGUAACAAAUCUCCCAUCAAAAGCUUCUGUUGGUUACAUCUCAGAACUUUAUGGCGUGUUUGCUUCAACUUCUGCAAAAAAGAAAAAGACCAGCAAAUUGAGUAAUUUUGAAGUGUAAAUAAAAUGUGUGCUUGAUAAGAAUUUACAAAGACUGGAGUUAAUGGAGUAUGAGAUACUUUUGAGCAGCAGAAGAGCAAUUGAUGGUGUGUUAGGCGGCUUGCUUCAUAUUGGGUCUUGGGUAGUAAGAUUUACAUAUUUGAAGGGGUUCAGGUGAAAGGUUGUCUGAAGAAGUUAGAUUGAAACAAUGAGUUUGUUUGAGCUUCUUUUCUCAAACUAAGUUUAAGGAGCUAGAUUAAUUUGCAUCAUUUGAUUACUUUCCGAUACAAAAACCAACAUGAUGAGCAACAAUUCGCAAGGUUAGUUAGCAGAACAUAGAUACGUUCAACCUGACCUGGAAAUAUAUUUGUCCUUGCCUGCAGUCUGAGCCUGAAUUCAGGCCACAGAUGUCUGAGGUUGUUCAGGAUCUAAACAACAUGAUCAGAGGAGUCCUGUAGUCAGAUAAACACAGUCUCUUGACCCUCUCCUUCUCCCGAGAACAUAUGUUCUUCGUCAAUACAAAAUGCACCGCCAAAAUUCCACAACUAACAGGCCUCUUGUGCUUCGAAGACUUUGCUCAGUUUGCUGGAUUCUUCCCCUUUGAAAGAAGCACAAACAAGACAGAAUCUUUCUUCCAAAGGCAAUAACAGAUCUUUCCCCCCUCCCACAACCAAGUUCAUGCUUGUCAAAUUUUGUUUGUACCCGUUGUGGUUGAUCUGAAAAAAGGUAUUUGUAAUGCUAGAAUGAAUGAAUGUGCUCUGCAGAAAUGUCCUAACCCCCCCCCCCCCCCCCCCAUCAUUACUAUUCUUUCUUUUAUGUUUCCUUUGGUUGUUGUACUGUCAAAUUUGUUGACACUUCUUGAUAAUGAAAUUUUGGCUGAAUUCGUCACAACAUAACAUGAUGAUUGGAUUCUCCAAAGUUGUUUUUUUUAUUUUGUAUCUUGUCUCCAUGUAUGUCCUAAUAUUGGGAGUUCAACAAGAACUGUUGUUUGCUUUGGAAGAUGGAGAGAAGAAAGCAAAACAAAGAAUGUUUGAAACUGAUAGGGGUCAUUCGGAUGAUAGAAUUUGACAGUAACUUCUUUCCAUUAAACUAUGCAACAGAGAGGCUCUAAGCCCAAAGCUUAAGAAUUAGAGGUGGAAACCUCCCACAUUAUGCUCCGUCUCUGAACAGACCUAGCGGAAACAGGUAGAAUCCAACAGGACAGACUGAUCACUAAUAUUUUACAGUUGAGUGUGUGUGUGUGUGUGUGUUAUUGAAUUCAUCAAGAGAAAAGCCUACGAUGUACCUUGCCGCAUGCCACCAGACUCCUAACGUAUUACUCGCCAUUUAUAUAUUCUAAUACUUCCAAGCAAAGCAUUUCAAUACAUCCAAGAACCUCCAUAGAUCUGCUAAAAGAAUCUUCUGCAGCAAUAUGUAAAGGACAAUAUAGGCAGUACAGAAUAAUAUAGUUGGUUUGCUUACUAGGAGCUCAAGCAAAAUUCCCCCCCUUGAGAUCCAUUCAGCCAUCGUUUUCAAGUAAUUUCAAUUUCUCUAUCAUUCUGUUUUGUAGCUUUGUUAAAUCCUUGAAGCCCUGGUAACAAAUUGUUGUCUCUAUGCUUGAGAACAAAUGUUGGUAUCUCCCCCGUCCAGGGAUUGAGUUUUUUCUGUUUAGGCGAUCGCCCUUUGUACUUUGCUCCAAAAUAUCAAAUUUGUUAGGUAACCACACUCAUUGAGCCCUCUAAAGUUCUUGGAAGCACCGUCCGGGAGAGGGAUAUUAUGUUAUUCUUUCCAGAUUCCGUAGACCAAUUCGUUCAUCGUCGUCGUGCAUAUUUAAGUUAAUACUUCAUUAGGAAGAUUUUCUUUCCUUGUUGCUAACCUAUAUGUGUUAGUUAGUAAUCGAUCAAAUUCUGGAUCAGAGGAAAGCUCUCCAUCUAACUCCAUAAUCCCUCCCAGGCAAUUAUCAGCCAUGCCAAGGUAUGUCACAUACAUCCCCUACACUGCAUUUGCAUUCCUCUAAAGAGAGAACUCCAAAGAGACCAUUUGCAGGGAUGGUGUUUUCUCAAUGUAGAUCCUUUGUGAAGGACUAACCUACAGUUCUGUCUCAUACAACUUGUUUGUUAGAUUUCUAGCUGUUUCCCAUAGUUGAAUGAGAAAAAAAUUUCCAAAUUUCACUAUAACGGAAGUAAAAAGAGAAGCGGAGAAGAGUGAGAGAGAGAGUGACCUGUUAUCCGGGGAUGAAUGACGAGACCUUUGGAGGCGUAAUGAAAUUCGUUGAUCAGAUAUGGACAGCGGAAAUUCGUCCUGCUGUAUCCCACUCCGGCCGACGUCGAUUCUACUCAACCGAACACCCUUUUGAAAAAAAUUCUCUCCAUCGACAACAUCACUCUAUCUCUCCCAUCCUGCAGUUUGAACUCUUCAUUUCCUUCCUCUUCCCUCUUCUCCCCGCCGCCGUUCAUCGUCAAUGAAAUGUGUAGGAAGAAUCCAGGCCGGACGACGAGCAAUCGACGGAGGAAAUCAGGUAACGGUAACGUGACAUGUUGGUCCCGGUGGCGCGCGCCUUUCUUCUCUCAUACCAGUCAGUCAACUUACGCCUCCAAUUUCAUAACCCUCUUCCAUCUGCUAUUUCUCGGUUUAUUCGAAGGAGGACUUCCAAAGGACGAAAGAAAUGCACUUUGAUCGAAAUAGACAAACCCAAAAAGUAACAGAUAAGUUUUUUUUGGUAAAAGUUUCUGUGAAAGUAAAGAAGUGGGCUGAAUUUGCUCUCUUGAAUAAAAGCCCACAGACGCAAGAAGUAAAUAAUCUGGUUUGGUUUUCGUGAUAGUUAAAUAAAUGCAUUAUUAUCAAUACAUGUUUAAUAAUACACAUGUAUAUAAGAAGUAUUAGUAUCUUAUUUUUGUCCGAACUAUGAUCAUAUAAUCAACUUUGACCGUGGUUUUAGAAUUAACAUCCAGGCCUCAACUAUGCAGCAUAUGGUCUCAAUUGGUCCGACACAUGGUUUGACCGUCAAUUUGAACGUCAUGUCACUCUAAAAAUUAUUUAAAAAAUUCAAAUUCCAAUUAUUAUUUUUAAUUUCUAUUAUCUAUCAUUUUCAAAUCAACCAAAAAAUAAAUUUUAAAAAAAUUAAAAUAUGAUAAUAUUUGGUUAAUUUCUAAAAUUUAUCAUAUUCGAAUUAAUUUCUAUAAUUUAUUAUUUUAUUUUUUGGUUAAUUUGAUAAUGAUAAAUAAUAGAAAUUAGGAAAAUAAUUUGAAUUUUUUUAAUGAUUUUUAGUCUGAUGACGCAAUGACAUGGCGUGUUGACCGUUCAAAUUGACGGUCAAACCAUGUGUCGGGCUAAUUAAGUCUGUAUGUUGCAUAGUUGAGGUCAGGAUGUUAAUUUCUGAAACCACGGGCAAAGAUGAUUUUAUAGUCAUAGUUGAGGCCAAAAUAAGGUAUUAACCCAUAUAAGAAAGUUGAUGUAUUGUAGUUUACAUCGUUUGGUUUCUGUGACAGUUAUUCUAAUAUUUAAAUAAGAUGUAUUGCUUUUUGGGUGAAAUAUCACUUUUACCCUUUAUUUUAAUAUAAAAAAGCUAAACAAAUCAAAAGGUAGAAAACACUCCAACAAUCUCAAACAAACAAUCUCAAUAAUCUCACAAAAAACUUGAGAUAUUACUAUCACUCAUUGUGAGUGAUAAUUUCCAUCACAUCAAGCAAACAAUGCAUGUAUAGUUUGUGUAGAAAAUUAAAAAAAAUAAUGCAUUGUAAACAAUGCAUGCUUUGUAACUAUCUCAAUCAAAUAAUCACCAAAGAAUUUGUUAAGUUUAAUGAAACGGUUAAUAUAUUGACUGUAGUGAUGGAGAAUACUGAUGUCAAAUUUUGUAUGGCUAAAAUGUUGAUUCAUGUAAUGUGAUGAAUAUAGCCAAUUUUACUCUGAAAAUUAAGUCUUUUGUUAAAUAUUCGUUUAGUUUGCGUAACAAAUAUAAUUACUAAUCAAAUUAACAAAAAAAAUAAUAGGAUUUGAUAUUUUUAAAUUGACUUACCACAUAAGCUCUAAGUCAGCUAAAAUUUAAAAUCAUAGAAACUUUUUUUUUUAUAAAAAAAUCCUGACUUCUUUCCUUCUCAUUAUCGUUGCCAAUUAAAUAAAAUCAAACCCUAAACCUCAAUUACAGUUCUAGCGCGAUAGGGCAUGUAAAAAUAUAUAUGGAGAAAUGCGGCGACGACCGAAGCAGGAGGAGUCGAAGUUAGAAUAAAACAUCUUAGGUUAUGUCAAAUUUAAUGAAAUAAUUAGACAAAAUUUAAAGAUUUUUUAUAAUGAAAAAAAUUGACUAUAUCUAUCAUAAGGGUCAAAGUUUUUUACUUUUUUUGCUACAUAAGUUUUUUCAAAAAAUUUAAAUAUGAUAUGCAGACAAUUGGCAUGAUGUGGCGAUUUGAAGCUGACAUGAAAACUGAAGUGGCGUCCACCACAGCUAGACGUUAACAUUUCAAAUGACAUAUAUAACAUCGUUAACUUUCCUAACAUAAAUGAGCAUAUUUGUCCAACAAACAUCUCAAAUAUAACUAUAUUUGUCUUUAUUUAAAUCGACUAUAUUUAUCAAAAGCAUCAUAAUUGAGACCAUGCAUGUGUAUAUUGCCUUCUGCUUUCAAAUUUUUUACUGUAAAGAAACAUUUUGGUGUCGCAACUCUCUUCUAGCUGUUCCUAUCAAUAUGCUAUUGCGUAUAGAUUUUCAACGCAUACAUCAAAUAGGCAUCAAGCUGAAACCCAGCAUAUCAAUGCAACACAAUCCUCUGAAUUAGGGGUUUGAAACAAAUUGUUUUAAACCAAAUAUUAGACAAAAGCAAGAAUAAGGAGAUUCAAUCAUCAAAGUCCAAGUUUAUGCACCUAACCUUAUCUACAUUUGAUUCACUAGAAGUAAAACUUAUCCCCACAUGAUUAUCAAAUGUCUAAAUCCUCACAAUACACAUUGCUGAUAAUAAGAAAUAAAACCCAACUCUUAUACCACAUGCAUUAGAACAAACAUCAGGUGUGCCACUUUAUUCAACCCAACCAAGCACUCCAAGUCUUGGUCACAUAAACGCUAGUAAACAUAUCAACCACAUUUUCAGAAAAGCUGUCGUUCUACAUCUACUAUAAUACUAUUCUUCAAUCUUCAUCCAUCUUGUUCUUAUGAAUCCUUUUAAUAUAUACUAGGAGGCGAUGCCGCGCCUUGUCACGGGCGGAGAUGGUCUAUUGGCAUAUAUUAUGUUGCCAGUUAUGGUGUUUUGUUAGUAUUAUUAGUCGUCUAAACCUUAAAAAAAUUAGCAAGUUUGUUAGUAAAAUUGACUUCAUAAUAUGAUCUUGACUGAGAAUAGAUAUAUAGCGGUGAACAUCCAAUUUUGAAAAUUUUGAAAAUUUUGGCUAGUAAAUGAUAUAUACCUAAACUCAAGUGACUUAUUGAUUAUGGAUAGGGUAUGAGUGACGUAUAUGUGGGUUUGGAAGUUUGUAGAAGGGUUUGGGUAGGGUAUGGGCAUUUACUUCCAUAAUCUAAAUGUGUAUGAGUUGGGUAUGGAUAUCCAUGGAUUCAAGUGAAAUCUAAACAUUGGACCAAUAUGUAAAUUUAAAAAAUUAUAGGUACAAAAAUCUUAUAAAAUGUAGAUACAAAAAUAUAAUUGUUCAAUGAAUUUACAUUAAAAUUAAAUUUGAAGUAUCAAAAUGCAAAAUAUACAUUAUAGUGAUUAAAUUUUUAUUUAAUUAAAUUUGAGAUAUAAAAAGUAAGUUUUUAUGCAACCGUUAACUUACUUCAACUUUAUAUAUAUUGAUAUCCUAAAUAUAAUUAAAGCUACAAUGUGAUUACUGUAACUUAAGAGCUUUUCUAUUUUGCACCACUGUCAUUCUUCUUUGAAUGACCCGUAUCACCAUUUCCAGUGGGAUUUUAACAUAAAACAUGAUAGUCAUAGGGAGUAGGGACUAGGGAGGUUUGGGGAUUUUAGAAUUAUUAUGUUUAUGAGUAUAUUAUAAUCAGGGAUCGUUAUUAUUUCUUCUUCUUGGUUUUGGCUAAUUGAUGAUGAGAGUUGGCCAUGUUUUAGAGUUUUAUCAAAAGUAAUUUAAGCCGUACCGAAAAAGUUAGUAUUAUAGUAUUUUGUGCUAAAAUCGUAAUUCAAUCGUGGUUAAAAUUAGACUUGACACGUUGUUCCAACCCGAGCUUCAAUUUAUGUUGAGAAAAGAAUCAAAAAUUUGUAAAAUCAUACCGAAGGUCGUACCAAAAAAUUAGUAUUAGGUCAUUUUGUGCUAAAAUCGUACUUCAGUCGUGGUUAAAUCAUUUCAUAAAGCUAAAAUCACCUAUUGAUUUAGAUUCCGUUAGUAGUUGUUCUAUUGGACUAGCAUUACGAUACGAUCGUAGUUCAACCGUUAUUAAAUCAGGCUAAAGACAUUGCUCCAACCCAAGUCUCGAUUUAUGUUCAGAAAUAAAAACCUAAAAUGGUACAACCAUACCGAAUGCCAUACCAAAAAAGUUAGAAUUAGGUAUUUUGUGCUAAAAUCGUAAUUCAACCGUGGUUAAAUCAGGCUUAACACAUUGCUCCAACCCGAGCAUCAAUUUAUGUUCAGAAAACCAUAAAUUGUAAAACCAUUCUUAAGAUCAUAUCGAAAAAGUAAGCAUUAGAGUACUUUGUGCUAAAAUCGUAGUUUAACCGUGGGUAAAAUCAAGCUUGAAAUGUUGCUCCAAUCCGAGCCUUGAUGUACAUAGAAAAUCCAUAAAUUGUAAAACACACCGAAGGUCAUACCCGUAAAGUUAGCAUUAUGAUAUUUUGUGCUAAAAUCGUAGUUUAGUCGCAGUUAAAUCAGGCUUUACACGUUGCUCCAAACCGAGCAUUGAUGUGUAUUGAGAAAAUAACAAAAAUUGUAAACCAUAUCGAAAGUCGUACCAGUAUAGGUAGAAUGAGGAUAUUUUGUCCUAAAAUUGUAGUUUAGCCGUAGUUAAAUCAUUACAUAUAGCUAAAAUCACCUAUCAAGUUAUAUUUCGUUAGAAAUUUCUAUUAUAUGACUACUAAACACGGUCAAAAAUCAAAUACGGAUUAGCAAACAAUACUUCUAAUCCUAUGAAAAGCCGGCACAUAAUCUACCUAGUAUAUGUUAUAUGAGCAUUUUUCUUAGUAUAAUCUUAUUGACUGGGCUCUCACUAAUGAUCCCACUUUUGUUUUAACAGGAAGAUGUCAUCAAAACACCAGCUUGUUUGCCCUGCAAGUAAACUUAGUUCACCUAUCAAAAUUCAUGGAAAGAAGACGAUUGGCAGUGCCACCAAAAAAUUCGCCAAAAGAGUUAUACUGACAAUCCCCAAGGUACUGUUCUGCUGUGUUUUCCUUCUUUCGUUUGCUCUUCUAUUUCUUUUUAAUGUAUUUCUUUUCAUAAGUGGGUCAUACGUCACAGUUUGCUACUUAAUCAACAUUUAAGCCACUUUAAUUUGAUAUUUACAUUGUGGAUCACUGUGAGUUUAAAUUUUGGGGUAAGUAAGGUUGAGCGGGGAAGAGAGUUCACAGUGUGUUCAUUUGUCUUGUUUAUUUCAUUGUAAGAUUCAUUAUAUAGGUGAAUAAGGUUAUUGAAAGUAGGGGUUGCAGUUCGGUUUCUGGUUAGCGGCUAACCGGAAGGUUUAUCCGAUAACCGCCGGUUACCAGCUAACCGAAAACCUAGGGUUAUUUACCUCGAUCGGUGGACGGUGGAAGAAAGAUGGUUUUCGGCUAGCCGAGUAACCGAGGGUAAUUAACCGCGGUUACCCGACUAACCGAAAAUAACCGGCCAGCCACCCAAAGGCCAGCCAUCCUCCUCCUUCAAAACCCAGCCCUGCCAGUCAUCCAAACCCUACCCUCAUAUUUCUUUCUUCUUCUUCUUCCAUCGCCAUCUCCCUAAUUCUUUCUUCUUCUUCUUCUUCUUCUUCCGCUCCGACGACCCCAGGCCUCCCCGCUUCUCCCAUCGCCUUCCUCGCCUUCCUCCGUCAAGCCGCAGACAGAGCAGAGAUAGUCAAACGGCGACCCCAGGCCUCCCGGCACUACCUAGAUGUCCGCCUCUGCUCCUCUGUGGCCGGCGUUGUGCAGAUGUGGUGGGUUUGAAAUGGAGGAAGGAAGGAGAGCGAAGGAAGAAGGGGUCUGGUGAGUUUUUUUGGGAGAAAGGAAGAAGGGUUCUGGUGGGAUUUUUUGGGAGGAAAGAAGGAGAGAGAAGGAAGAAGUGGUCCACGAGUCUGGUGGGAUUUUUGGCUGCGAGGAAGGAAGGAGAGAGAAGGAGAGAAGGAUUCAGAGGUGGGGGAUUUUUUGUAUUUUUUUUUAUAAUAAUUUUUAAUGAAUUUUGUAGAGAGAAGGGUGUUUUUUUUUUUGCUUAUGCGGCUAAUCGAACCAAAACCGAUAACCGACCGGUCGGUGGUCGACUUGCCGUGGUGUCCUUUACGGUUGGUGGUCGGUAGAAGGCAGUGGUGGCUCGGUUUAACCGAUAUCGAUUUUCGGUUAAACCGAAACCGACCGAUUGACACCCCUAAUUGAAAGGUUCAAUUCUCUGAGGAGAAAAAAAAAAAAAAAACAAUACGAAACAUUCUACCUUUGCCCUUUAUUUCAGACUCGUCAGUUAUUAAUGAAUCAGUAAUAUUAAC